AUGGGUCUUGUUAAACAAGUUCGUUUAGGUCAAUCUGGUCUUAAGAUAUCCGCUAUCGUGGUCGGUUGUAUGUCAUAUGGUUCCAAAAAUUGGAUGGAAUGGGUGUUGGAUGAUAAAGAGAAAAUCUUUAAGAUUUUAAAACAUUGUUAUGAUAACGGGUUACGUACUUUCGAUACUGCUGAUGUUUAUUCCAAUGGGUUCAGUGAAAGACUACUUGGUGAAUUUUUGAAGAAAUAUAAUAUUAGAAGAGAAACAGUUGUAAUCUUAACUAAGGUUAAUUUCCCUGUUGAUGAAACAUUGGAUAUAGCUGUCGGUAAACCUCCUAGUGAAUCAGAAGCUUUGGAUUUAGCCAACCAAGGUGGGUUGUCUAGAAAACAUAUUCUUGAAGGCGUCAAAAAUUCUGUUGAAAGAUUAGGAACUUAUAUUGAUGUCUUACAAAUUCAUCGCUUCGAUCAUGAAGUUCCAAUGGAGGAAACAAUGAGAGCUUUGAAUGAUGUCGUUGUUCAGGGCUUAACUAGAUACAUCGGUGCUUCAUUGAUGUUGGCUACUGAAUUUGCUGAAUUACAAUUCAUUGCUGAAAAAAACGGUUGGUUCAAAUUUAUUAGCUCUCAAUCUUAUUAUAAUUUAUUGAAUCGUGAAGAUGAGAGAGAAUUGAUCCCAUUCGCCAAGAGACACGGUGUUGGUUUAAUUCCAUAUACACCAAAUGCAAGAGGUCGUCUAUGUAGACCAGUUGGAACAGUCACUGAAAGAGAAGUUGUCGAUAAGGCUUUACAUCCAAGACUAGUUCAGGACCUUUCUGAUGAUCAAAUUGAAAUUAUUACAAGGGUAGAGGAAUUAUCUAAAAAGAAGAAUGUUUCUAUGGCAACAAUCUCCAUGGCAUGGACAUUAUAUAAAGGCGUUAACCCCAUUGUUGGUUUAAGUUCCAUUGAAAGAGUUGAUGAAGCUAUUAGAGCUACUGAAGUUGAAUUGACAAAGGAAGAAGUUGACUACUUGGAAGAACCUUACCAACCAAAGUUUCCAAGAACUAAAUGA